GCAUCGCUCUCUUCCCCACGACUCGCUGACACUUGUGCGUUUCCGGCGUGAAGUAGCAAUGACACCUGCCGCUGGAAAGACGUUCCUUGCCAUAUUGUCGGCCCUGUCAACGCCAGCGACGGGCUUCUUGGUCACGUCCGCCCAACGUCGACUUCUUGCGAGCGCGCCCAUUUCUCGUCCUCUUCCAAGUGCAACCCUCGCACAUCGAAGCGGUAAGUGCCCCCAGCAGUACCUUUCGAGCUGCGGCGCCUCCUCCCGUCGUUCCUCCCUUUCCACCCUCGAGCCGUCGCCGUCGCGGAGACGUUGUUUCGCCGCCGGGGUGUCAGGGCCGCUGCGAAUCGGGUUGGAGGAUUGCCCGAGCGAAGAAGAGUGCGAGAUCGUGUACGACGACGACGACGACGACGGCAUUGACGAAGGGGCAUCCUCGCCGGAGGUAUCGGAGGAGAAGACGUCGGAAGCCAAAGGAGCGGGCGAAAGUCCGCUUAAGACUAGCGAUAGGGACAGCGGUAGCGAUAGCGAUAGAGUUGAGGGGCCAGAAGGCGACGAGGGUGCUGUCGAGGGGAAGCAGCAGCAGCAACAGCAGGGAAGCAUGAGCCUGCCGGAGGUGGAUCGGGAGGGGUUGGAACACAAGGAAAAGGUUUUAGAUGACGGUUACGAGAAGCAGGAUAUGGUAAAGUGGAGGGAGGCCGAGGUGGUGACCAACACCGCCGCUUCAGCUGACGACCGAUGUCGCCUGCUGACGCUGUCGCUUGUGGGGGGCGUCGGGCUGGAGUAUGAAUUUUCGAGGGCGACUUGGCUUGAGAAUUACAAGGUUCCGGGGCAGUUCGUGGGCAUCCGGCUAGACGAGGGCGGGGACAACGGGGUUGCCGGGUGUCUUGUUGCGGUCUCUACGGAGCCUACCUUGGUGAGGCAAAAGAACGGGAACGUGGAGGUGCUGGUGACGGAGGAGCCGAGCUUUCGACUCAAAGGCGACACACGCGGACCGGCGGAGGAAGCCAAGGGUCGCUCUCUGGCUUCCCUAGAGGAAGGGGAUAGGGUUAAGAUCAGCGACUUCAUGGGCCGGGGGUUCUCUUCGUUGUUCGUAGGGUGGAUAGGCCUGCAGUCUGCUCUUCAGGAACAGCGGGACAUUGUAAUAGUGGCAUCAGGCGCUAGGGGGUUAGGCUCUGUCAAGCCCGUGCUCGACUGGCCUCCCGUCCAGGCUCAUGCCGGUAUCAAGAAGGUGAGUGUCUUCCUGGAGUUUGAAAGCCCAGCUGCGGCGCCGUUCAUCAACGAGUCAGGCGGCUGGAGGUCAUCGGGCAUUCGUGUGACCCAGUGCUACACGGCCAAGACUAACGAAAACCCCGUCAGCGCAGCGAUGUUCUCCCACGGUUCGGGGCUCGCGGGCGCCGUAGGAGGAAACCCGGGCGCGGCUUCCUUCCUGAUGGCGGGGUUGCCGGGAAAACGGGCUAUGGAGUUGACGGACCGAUUAACGGACCAUGGCGUCGACCCUAGCCGGCUCCUGUUCAACGACUUUUUCUAGUGAACUUUUUUUGAGAUUUUUAGGACACGAGCCGGCCCUUAUGCUCAACGAAUUUUUCCAGAGAGACCAACGGCUCUCUGUUGGUCGUCUUUGAGAUCUAGCCGGCCCCUUUGUUCAACGGCUUUUUCUAGAUAUAUCAAUGACUCUCUUUUUGUCGUUUUCGAUAUUAUUUGGACACUAGCCGGCAUCUUUGUUCAACCACUUUUCUAGAGAAGCAACGGCUCUCUACGUCCUCUUUGAUAGUAAUUGGGUAUCGCAAGGUGUGUGGUACCCUGCUGUGGGGCGUUCGUUGGCCUGUCACCACGGAAGGCGUCAGGUUGACCGGUGCGGACGGUGGAGGAUACUGAGCAGACCGGAACGGUUUUGAAAUGUGAAGACAGCAACACAACGGAAAAGUAAAUAUCGAGCUCUGGAGGUUCCAGCGAAGAAUGAAGAACAGUGUCCGACGUGUGUCGUCUUCGAUAUUUCUUAUUUUGGUUUGAAUGCGGACCUCUCCUUUCCUCGUUUUGCGGAAAGGCGCGUCCCAUGGAAUGCCAAACUGCUAUUUUCUGCGUUCUAGACUUGUGUGCCCACCCACUGGAGACAGCCCCUACCUGGCGGGUAAUGCUUUCAGCGCUGGUUUAAUGUGACGGACGAAAAAAAAAUAGACUAGUCGAGAGAGAGCGGGUGGACCAUGUUGGAGUUGCCCUCGAGAACACAGCGAUGAUCAUCGCGCGCCUUGUGUCGCCGGUCAGGUGUUCCCGGGAAUGGUUUCAUCGGUUUGUCUCUCCCAGUGCGGAGAUGGAUGGAUGGAUGCGUAAAUUUAAAUUUUGUCGAGGUGGUUUCUGGCCAACAGGACGGUGACUCCGCCCGUCGACAUGUAUGAGCACAACCGGUGUCAAGAGGGAAAAUCGCGACCCGAAGCGAUGCGGCCUAAAGACAGCUAUUUUGAGUUUACACAUCGCGCUGUGGUGGGUGUAAGCGCUCCGGAGGGUAGUAGUGCUGCAGUAGGAAGGAACUUGGUUGGUGCCAACACCUUGAAGGCAGACAGCUUCAUAGCGUAACCAACCAAAGUGAGUCCAGACCACUCUUGGCUCCUGUCUACCAUAUAUACCGUAUAUGAUACACGACAACUCACCCCCUUGACCAAUUUUCGAAGCUCGAUUUCUCAACGGCAGGAAGAGUCACAGCGCCGAAAAAGGCGGCGUUGGAACCGUCUCGUCGAGAGCUUUCCGAAAAGGUAUCGUUUCGUUAGUUCAUCCUCUUCGUCGUGGAGAAGUCGAGCUUUGAAAAUCGGUCUUUGGGGUGUGUUGUCUUGUGUCAAAUACGGUAGUCGCGUCCACCAUCGCAAUCACGUUUUACUGCUGUGGCUUUUUGCACAGAGAAGCUCGCCAAACUUUAGCCUCGCUUCAGGGCAACUUCACAGAGACAAAGAAAUAGGAAGAACAAAAAAAAGGACAUUGUUCACCCUCGACAACGACGGAGGAGGGUCUCUUCGCUUCUCGCCGUUGGCAAAUAUACAAACAUCACAAUCUUUUUUUCCGUUCUCCACCACCACUAAACAUGAAACCGUUCCGAUACACACGAAGCGGAAGACUUGUUCUUAUCUAAUGGGAUAUGUACGUACCUUCACCAAUGUGAAACAACAUCAAACUCACUCGCGUCUGGGGUGCAACCUCGGGGGCCGACUCAACGUUGAUCCGUGCAACGCAUGCAUGCAUGUAUCCCCCAACUACAACAGCAGUCGCAUCAAUCACCGGUCUGCCUGGUGACGAAAAGCACCGAAGAACAAGCUUCUUCGAAUGUCGAAUCAUGACCCCGUUUUCACGACUCUCACCAACGACCCCAUUAAAGCUUCGAGAAACGUUCACACGCGCAUGGCAGUCCCGGUCGCUACCCUACGUACCGACCACAAUACAGUGAUCGCACGGAGGCUAUCCCUCGCCCAGCAAGCAGGACGAAAGAGACGAAACAACGCUCGAGACAACAAGUCCUCUACCACCGCCUUCAGGGUUCAUCUGGAUGCGAGCGAAUGUACAAAGCGGGGGGGGGAGGGGUGGACUCUUCCCUGAUUCUAAUGAUAGGUCGUCACAUCAAACGAGACCGAAUGCAGCACGCUCGACGUCGACCUUGAGUCACAUUGAUCGCGAGCUAUUCUGGGGAGAAAUAAAAACGUCAGUUAAGGCAGGAGAGCCGCAUCAUGCAUCCGCCCUCUCCAUCAAUCGUGUCGGGAGGCGAUCGAAAUGGCCGAACGUUUGAUCAAAAGGCACAGCACGAUGGCCGGCGCCACCCUGCCAGCUAAUAGACAAUUCUGCGCAUCCCCCCUCGAAAGGUCAAUACCCCCUUCCCCCCUGGUCUGUUUCCG